AUGGCAUCAAAGGUUCAAGACAAAGAUGGAAAGCCAAUUGAAGAGGGCGACUACGUUUGGACUCCCAUUAGGGGCGGAAAACGCGAAGGAGAAGUAGAGCAGGUUGUGACUACAGAGGAAGAGGCAAAAGAGGCCAAUGUCAAGCAUCCACCAAAGGUGGUUUUCACGGAUCAGCAUGGGCAUGGCGUUGCUCACAACCCAGAGGCACUGAAGCAUGUUGAUGAAUAA